CAAAAAAAAAACCCCAAAACAUUCUUCUCUGUCAAAAAGAGUCUCUGCAGCAAUGUAAUCUCAUUACUAACCCACGGAACCCGUAUGUUCAACCUCACUAGAAAUGAGUGUUUUAAAUUAAUGCUAAAAAGUUACAUUGAUGAGUAACUUGGAGAGGUCGUGGUUGAAAUAUAACUGGUCCAGCAUUAAAGCAAGCCAAAUGAAUCUAAUCAAAGCAAUUAACCGCGCAUCACUGCAGGAACGCAAUCCCUCCGGAUUUCAUUGAUGAGACAUGACGGCCGAUCGUCAUAAAAAAGAGGCGUGCAAACAAUCUGUUCGUGGUGCACUAUGACUUCAAGAGCUAUCAUUACAUGAUAACUGUGACACGCCUGUAUUGUUUCAGAUACGCCUCAUUGUUCUUAUUCUUCAUUCAAAUGCAAAUCGGCGGUGCAAAGUUCAUUCGGUCCCAUCUAAAUUCUGUUUUGAAUUUCUUUUUAUUUGGAGUGUCUACAGGCAAUCCCAUUCAAAAGAAAUGAUGAAACUACUCAAUGCCCACGUCAUCUCACAUUUUAUUCAUUCUCGAACUGAUGAAGACGUUUUGCUGUGCCCUUGCCUUGCCCCGCCCUUGUUUUACUGGUUUCGGCUUAACCAGUUUAGCCUCUCCCUCUGUUUACUCCAUAUAACUUUACGACAGUAGUCGGGCUGGGAUCAUUUUGCUGCUGUGCUGACACAAUCCAUUGAGUGUCACAGCAUUGAGUGAAAAGGACCGAAGCAGUUGCACACCAUGGCGUCCGAGCAAGAUAACUGCCACCUGUGUAAGGAAUACCUCAGGGAUGCCGUGUCAAUUCCAUGCGGGCAUAUUUUCUGCUCCAUUUGUCUGAAGACAUACUGGGACCACGCAGACCAUACGGGCACAUACCUGUGUCCUCAGUGCCGGGUUACCUACAACAAGAGGCCUACGCCGAGACGCAUCGGAGGUUCUCGGCAUUCGACCAUGCAACGCAACUCGGACGGCUUCCCGCCGCCACCACCGUCCCCUGACUACAACGUAGCCGGCCCGCAGGACGUGGGCUGCGACAUCUGCGUCGGCAAGAAGAACAAAGCCAUCAAGACCUGCUUGAUGUGCCUGGCAUCCUACUGCGAGAGGCACCUCAAGCCCCAUUACGAGUCAGCUACUUUUAAACGGCACAAACUGGUGGACGAAAUCGGCCAUCUGGACCGGCAGAUCUGUCCCCAGCAUCAGAAAGGUCUGGAGCUGUUCUGUCGCACUGACCAAAUGUGUAUCUGCGUGCUGUGUACGGUGAAGGAACACAAAGGGCACGACAUGGUGUCUGCCGAGCAGGAGAGGGCGGAAGAACAGCAACGCUUAGGUGCCACCCAGGCUGAGAUCCAGGAGAGGAUUCAUGAUCGACUGAAACAGAUGGAGGAACUGAAACAAGCAGUUGAUGCACUCAAGAACUCAGCGCAUAGAGCAAUGCAGGAAUGCGAGAAGAUGUUUAGCGAUAUGAUCCGCUCCAUUGAGAGAAUGCAGCAAGAGAUGGCCAAAAUGAUCUCCACCAAUAAGCGAGCGGCACUCAACAAUGCGGAGGGUCACAUGGAGCGUCUGACCCACGAGAUCACCGACCUGAAGAGGAGAGACAAUGAGAUCACUCAGCUGUCGCGCACUGAGGACCACAUCCACUUCAUUCAGAGCUACCACAUGCUGAUAGCCCAGACCGAGGCUGAGGAGCUGCCCACAGUGACCGUGAACCCUUACUUCACCUUCGAUCCAGUUACUAAGGCCGUGUCUGAGACGAAACAGCACAUGAACGAAUUUGGCAAUGAUGAACUGGUUAAAGUAGCCAAGACAGUGAACAAAAUGACCUUUUGUCAACUGGAGGAUGGUAAAAAGAAACGUGCAUAUAGGCGACUGUGUUUUUUUUUUUUUUUUUCACUGAAAUGCGACAGUGUACCCUUACUUCUCCAUUUUUUUUCCUUUCGUUAUCAGAGCUACCACAUGCUGAUAGCCCAGACCGAGGCUGAGGAGCUGCCCACAGUGACCGUGAACCCUUACUUCACCUUCGAUCCAGUUACUAAGGCCGUGUCUGAGACGAAACAGCACAUGAACGAAUUUGGCAAUGAUGAACUGGUUAAAGUAGCCAAGACAGUGAACAAAAUGACCUUUUGUCAACUGGAGGAUGGUAAAAAGAAACGUGCAUAUAAAGAUGACGCUCCCAUGUACAGAUCUGUGCAAGUGCAGGAACCACAGCACAGGGACGACUUCCUGAAAUAUGCAUGCCAGCUUACUCUGGAUCCAAACACGGCGUACCGACAGCUCCACCUUUCCCGAGGGAACAGGAAAGCUAGCCUCAGGAGAGAACCCCAAUCCUAUGGAGACAAUUCCGCUAGAUUUGACUCUUUGCCCCAGGUCCUGUGCAUGGAGGCCCUCUCAGGUGGCGCCUACUACUGGGAGGUCGACUGGAGUGGGGAGGGGGCUGCCAUGGGUGUCACCUACAAAGGCAUCAAGAGGUCCGGUUACGGGGAUAGCUGUCGCAUCGGCUACAACCGCAAGUCUUGGAGCCUCUUUUGCUCUGACUCCAGCUACUCUGCACGCCACAACAAGGACCAGAUCGAGGUCAACGCACCAUACUCUUCUCGAAUUGGGGUCUUCCUGGACCACGGUGGGGGAACUCUGUCUUUUUACUCUCUUGGGGAAACAAUGUCUCUCAUUCACCGCUUUAAGGCUUCAUUCGGUGAGGCUGUCUACCCAGGCUUCUGGGUUUGGUACGAGUCAGCCAUCACACUCAUCCAGCUCUGAUUAGAACACACAUCUAUGUACAGUAGUCAGUUCUCUGUUGUAAGACAAAUAUGAUUUAAUUACAUCAAGCACGUUGAAAGUUAUACAUAUAUUUGGGUAGUUGGGGAGACUAUAUUGUUGAUGACUAUGAAUAUUCUACAAAUUUGUGAAUUUGUGCAAUCAGAUGAACCAAGUCAGGGAGUGUACUGUAUAAAUCUGCAUUUAAACGAGUAUAAAUUGUACUGAUUGAAAGAUCUGAUGUGAUUUGUAAAGGCCAUUUUUACAACAUUUAUUUUUUAUCAAUAAACAUUUUAUGAAGGUG